AUGUCCUGUGAGAAAUCCGUGUGCGUGGAGCCGUGUCCCUGUCCCUGCCCCGGGCAGUGCCCGGACCCGCGGGCGGCCGCCUGCACCGAGCCCUGUGUCAUCGCCUGCCCCGACUCGCGGGUCAUCAUCUUCCCCCCGCCCGUGGUGGUGACGUUCCCGGGGCCCAUCCUCACCACCUACCCCCAGGACACCGUGGUGGGAUCCUCGGAGUCGGCCGAGCUGGCGGGAGCGCUGGAGUCGGGGGUGGCCGUCGGGGGGUCGCAGAAGGGGCUGGAGUGCCUCGAGUCCUGCUUGUGCACCGUGCCCUGCCCCGUGUGCCCCGUGUGCCCCGUGUGCUCCGUGUGCUCCGUGUGCUCCACCGUGUGCUCCGUGUGCUCCACCGUGCACCACCAAGUGCGCUCCACCGUGUGCCACCCCCUGUGCCACCCCGUGUGCCACCAAGUGCACUCCACCUUGUGCCACCCCAUGCACCACCAAGUGCGCUCCACCUUGUGCCACCCCGUGUGCCACCAAGUGCGCCCCACCGUGCCCCGCGCCGUGCCCAGCGCCCUGUGCCACCCCGUGUGCCACCAAGUGUGCUCCGCCUUGUGCCACCCCCUGUGCCACCACCGCCUGUGCCACCAAUGCGCGACCAAGUGCGUGCCCGAGCGCUCCUACACCUACUCCACCCGCUGGAAGCACCCCUGCCUCAGGGGCAUCUGCAAGAAGGUCAAAGCUUAA